AGUUCAGAGUUGUCACCUGAAGGGAUAACGUCGUGGAUACAGUAUGUGGGAAAUGUCUUUUUAAGUUUUUGCUUUGUUUUCCUCCCCAAUGAUUUGCUGUCAAAACUCCUGAGCCAUUCGGAGGAAGGCUACACAACUUGUCACCAACAUGAUUUGGGGUGUUUUGCUAUGCUGCCUUCUCACACUGGCUUUUGGAUAUAAAACGGAGGAGCGAUUGCCUUUCUUUCACGGGCAUGUUUUUGAGAACUCUCCGACGGCGUCUAAAGUAAACGGACUCAGCAUUCCGGUGAGGCGCAUCAACGCGCAAAAAUGGUGCCCAGAGUCCGGGAUGCACUUGAAACUGUAUGGAAACGGCAGCGAAGAUUUCCGCGUCUUCGCCCACCACAAGCGGGGAAAUAUAUUACUGAAAACUUCCCGGGUUUUGGACCGAGAGGCUCACUCAGAAUACCUACUGAGUCUAGGUUUAUGUUGCCAGACCUGCGAAACAGAGCCUGUCGUCUUCGAGGUUGCGUCGGUAAAAGUGGACGUUUUGGACACCAACGAUCACGAACCCACUUUUCGCAGUGCAGACACCGUUCACAUAACUUUGGACGACACCACUCCUCUCCGUAGUGUGAUUUAUAGGCUGGAGGCUGACGACGCAGACAGCGGAAAGAACGCAGAGUUGACAUACAUUUCCAUCCCCAAAAAUGGCAGUUUUUAUGUUGUCCCGAAAACAGGUGACGUUUUGCUGGUUGACUCUAUCCUGGGGCUCCCCUCUAAAGUCCAAUUCUAUGUUUUUGUAAGAGACCACGGGUGGCCCCCUCUGACCAGUAAAGGUUUAGUUGUUACCAUCACUCCACAAAGGUGGGCAAUGCGUCCUGCUGAAUUAGGGGAGUCAGGAAGGGCAGGACGGUCGCCGAGGGCAUUGCUGGACCCUGGCACCGUGGUCUCCCUCAACGUGUCUGAAGACGCCAGCAUUGGCUCGGUGGUAACGAGCCUGAGUCCCACCAGGUUUCAGUCAGCCACCUUCGAGCUGAUUUACCCGGAGUCAGAGAGCUCCCCGGUCACUGUGGGGCGCGACAAUGGAGAUAUCACGAUAGCCAGGCGUUUGGAUAGGGAGACAGAGCCAUUCGUGGAGCUCACAGUUAAGAUUCAGGAUAAACGAGGCCCAGACUGGUACCUGAACAAGGUGAAGCUGAAGAUCACUGAUGUCAAUGACAACCUCCCAGAGUGGAACAUGGAGCCGUACCCCUACCUGGCUGUGGUCUCCUCCGAAGCCCCUCCAGGAACGUUGGUGUACCAGCUGCAGGCCCGCGACAGGGACGAGGGCGUCAGCGGGGAGGUGGAGUACUUUCUGUCUGAUGGAGGUGACGGCUGCUUUGCGGUGGACAAGAAGACAGGCCAGGUGGUGACCACAGGCCUGGUCCUUCAGAGGGACAGAGAGUACUUGUUAAGUGUGGUGGCCCUUGACGGCCUGGGCAGUCGCAGUGCCCCUGCCAUGCUUUCUGUGGUGGCAGGAGCAAGAGCGCCGCAGUUCGCCAACACCACGUACGCCAUCUCCAUACCUGAGAACACACCUGAAGGACAGCCCUUCCUGGUGGUGUCUGCCAUUUCCUUCCAGAAGCAGCCAAUCACUUAUAGCCUGUUGAUCAAUCCCAGUAGCCUGUUCACUAUCCGGCAGGACACCGGGGAGAUCAGCCUGACUCGGACUCUGGACUUUGAGAGCGACCAACGCCGCUACCUGCUGAUGGUGCGAGCCAGCGAGGAGCCCGGCAGCCUAAGCACGGCCAUAGAGGUUCAGGUGUUGAUAACGGAUGAGAAUGAUUGUGUCCCAGAAUUCCUCCAGUCCAUCUACAGCGUGGAUGGAGUCCCUGAGACUGUAACCACAGCAACAUCCCUGCUGCAGGUAUUAGCCACAGACUGUGACUCGGGGUUAAACGCAGAGCUCACUUAUUACACCCUGAGCCCAGACUUCAGCAUUUCCCCCCACGGGACGAUCUUCCCGGCGGGCCGGCUGGACUACGAAAGACCCAACCAUCUGUAUGAGUUUGUGGUGAUGGCGGUGGACAAUGGCGAGGAGCCUCACUCUGGCACGGCCACGGUCCGCGUGAGGAUGGCUAACGUCAACGAUGAAGUCCCCGAGUUCUCCCAGCCUGUGUAUCGAACCUUUGUUUCCGAGGAUGCAGGCCCAAACACUCUGGUCGCCACAGUACUGGCCAAAGACUCAGACGGUGAUGGAAUAAUCUACUCAAUAACCGCAGGCAACGAGGAGGGCAACUUUGUCAUUGACAGCCAGAAAGGGUUGAUUCGUCUGCGCUCCACACCCUUGCCCAAGCUUCAAGGCCUGGAAUACGUCCUGAAUGUGACGGCCACAGACGACAACGCGUCCGGCGGGCCCCACGCUCUCUCCUCCACAGCCCGGGUCAUCGUCGGGGUCGAUGAUGUCAACAACAACAAACCCAUUUUUGAGAAGUGUCAGCAGUACCGUGAGCAAGCCUCAGUGCUGGAGAACCAGCCAACGGGGACUUUUGUGUUGCAAGUGCACGCUGUGGAUGCAGAUGAGGGAGCAAAUGGAAAAGUCAAAUAUGGCUUAAUGCACAGAGACAGCGCCAUGCCCGCCUUCAGAAUUCAUCCAGACACAGGAGUGAUUGUGACGGCCAGGCGGUUUGACAGGGAGCGUCAGAGGGAGUACUCCAUUACGGUGACGGCCACUGAUUGGGCAGAAGAGCCGCUAAUCGGCAUCUGUCAGCUCAACGUCCAGAUACUUGACCAGAACGAUAACAGCCCCAAGUUUGAGAAUUUGCGCUAUGAGUACUUUCUGCGAGAGGACACGAUGAUUGGUACCAGUUUCCUGCGUGUAGCGGCUCAUGACGACGACUUUGGCACCAAUGCGGCCAUCACUUACUCCAUGGCUUUGGAGCAGCCGGAGUACCUGAAGGUCAACCCCGUCACCGGAUGGGUCUAUGUCAACCAGCCCAUAUCCCAGAGGACGUAUAUCACACGGGAUAUAAUAGCGACGGAUGGGGGAAACCGGAGCACCUCAGUGGAGCUGGCAGUCACCAUCACCAACGUGAAGAACCAGCCGCCGCAGUGGGAAAAGGACAGCUACAGCGUGGUCAUACCUGAGAACACGGCCAGGGACACACCCAUAGUGACGAUUAAAGCAACCUCUCAGCUGGGCGACCCGAGGGUCACCUAUAACCUGGAGGACGGGAUGGUCCCGGAAACCAACAUGCCAGUGCGAUUCUACCUCUCCCCCAACCGGGAAGACGGCUCUGCAUCCAUUCUGGUGUCGGAGCCGCUGGACUACGAGACCACGCCCUUUUUCUCUCUGCGGGUUCGGGCGCAGAACGUGGCUGCGGUGCCUCUCGCGGCGUUCACCACUGUUUAUGUCAAUGUAACAGAUGUCAAUGACAACGUGCCGUUUUUCACCUCCUCCAUCUACGAGGCCUCAGUGACCGAGGGAGCCCAGAUAGGAACCUCAGUUCUCCAGGUGUCUGCUCAUGACAAAGACCUGGGUCUCAAUGGAGAGAUCACUUACUCUCUCUUGAGUGACAGCAGUGGAGACCACCACCUGUUCCGUGUAGACCCAGAGCUCGGCACCAUCUACACCGAGGCCGUGUUUGAUCGUGAAGCCCGCAGCUCUUACCUGCUGGAGGUUCAGUCGGAGGACGGCCAGGAGUCAGCGCGACCUGGCAAGAACAAACAGCCAAACUCAGACACAGCGUAUGUGCGGGUUUUCAUCAGCGACGUCAAUGACAACAAACCGGUCUUUGCUCAGCGGCUGUAUGAAGUUGGAGUCGAUGAGAAUGCAGAUGUGGGACUUGCUGUUGUCACUGUUAGUGCUAAUGACGAGGAUGAAGGGGCAAAUGCCAAGCUGCGCUACCAGAUCACAUCUGGCAACACAGGCGGUGUGUUUGACAUAGAGCCGGAGGUGGGCACAAUCUUUAUUGCUCAGCCGCUGGACUAUGAGCAGCAGAAGAGGUACAAACUGCUGGUCCUGGCCUCAGACGGGAAGUGGGAAGAUUACGCUGCAGUGGUGGUCAACGUGGUUAAUAAGAACGACGAGGCGCCGGUGUUCUCCAUGAAUGAGUACUACGGCUCAGUCACAGAGGAGCUGGACGGGUCGCCAGUGUUUGUGCUGCAGGUGACAGCCACUGACCCAGAUAAAGAUGCAGACCAGGGGGCAAUACGCUAUUCCAUUCAUGGCCAGGGGGCCGAGUCCCACUUCGUGAUCAACGACAUCACAGGAGAAAUGUAUGCGCAGCGCACCAUGGACCGUGAAGAGCGUGCUGUCUGGCGUUUUGUUGUAAUGGCGACAGACGAGGAGGGCGAGGGACUUACUGGCUUCACCGAUGUUAUAAUCAAUGUGUGGGACAUCAACGACAAUGCGCCCACCUUCUCCUGUGCGCCUGAUAAUUGUCACAGUAGCGUGGCGGAGAACUCCCCGCCUGGGACGUUUGUUGUGGAAAUGACAGCGGUAGACCUCGAUGACGCGGCAGUGGGUCAGAACGCCAUCCUCACCUACCGGAUUAUUGAGGACGCCCGCAACGCAAACAAUGUUAACCUUUUCACCAUCGAUUCCAGCACUGGGACAAUAUCAGUGGCAGCAGAGGGACUGGACCGGGAGUUUGCUGAGAGCCACCGGCUGGUAGUGGAGGCCCGGGACGGCGGGGGCAUGACAGGCACAGCGACCGCCACUGUAGUGGUCAGCGACAUCAAUGACCACGUGCCAAAGUUUAGAGAGGAUUGGUGUGGCGCCCGUGUCCCUGAGAACAUCAAUCUGGACACUCCCAUUCUGGAGCUGAGUGCCGUGGACCCUGACGCCGGCAGUUACGGACAGCUGGCCUUCACCGUGGUGGCGGGAGACCCAGAGCAGAGGUUCUACAUGGUCAGCCACAGGUCGGAGCAGAGCGGCACUCUGAGGCUGAAGAAACGGCUGGACUACGAGAAGCCAGGCGAGCAGCGAUUUAACCUCACUGUCAGAGUAGAGGACUCCGAGUUCUCCAGCCUCAUCCACUGCCUGAUUCUGGUAGAGGACGAGAAUGAUAAUGCCCCUGUCUUCACCCCCAGCUCCCACCUGCUCUCUCCUUUGCCUGAGGAUGUGUCUGUCGGAACCAGCGUCGUCCAGGUGGUCGCCAGUGACUCUGACUCAGGACCGAAUGGGGACAUUUUGUACCACAUCUUUCCUGACUCUGACCCCUAUGGACAUUUUACAAUCAGCCAAGCUGGUGUGGUCACUGUGGCCAGCCCGCUGGACAGGGAGACAGUGGCGGGAUAUGAGCUGGUCGUCAUGGCGACUGACCGGGGUAACCCGCCGCUGACCAGCAGUGUCACGGUCCAGUUGCCGCUGCUUGACAUGAAUGACAACGGGCCAGAGCUAGAAGCAGCCUACACCCCUGUGCUGUGGGAAAACAGCCCGGCCCCUCAAGUGGUCUGGCUCAACCAUACCUCAACUCUGCUGCAGGUUGUGGACAGAGACUCCCCAGAGCACGGGCCUCCAUUCUCUCUCUCCCUCCCCCCGCCUUACACCAUCGACUUCCACCUGCACGAUCACGGGAAUGGCUCCGGCACGCUCACAGCCCUGCGGAGAUUUGAUAGGGAAAGGCAAAGGGAGUUCUACCUGCCAGUAAUAAUGACUGACAGUGGCCAUCCACCAAUGACAGCCACAAACACGCUCACCAUCACCAUUGGGGACCAGAAUGAUAAUGCCCAUCAGGCAGGGGAGAAGGAUGUUUAUGUGCACAGCCGCAAGGGAAGGAUGGCCACUGCGGCACUGGGGAAGGUGUAUGCCCCAGAUCCCGAUGACUGGGACAACAAGACCUACACCUUGGAGACGAGUGCAGCCAAGUACUUCAGUCUGAACCAGAGCUCAGGAGUGCUGUCCAUCCGACAAAACACCCCAGCAGGCAGCUACUGGUUGAGGGUGGGGGUGUCAGAUGGGGUCUGGCCUGAUGUGAUGUCAGGGGUCAGAGUUCAUGUCCGAGAGCUGGAGGAAAAGGCCAUCCUGUCGUCAGCCUCCCUGCGUUUGACUGGCAUCACAGCCAGAGAGUUUAUCGACUCCAACGUUGAGGGGAAGAGUCGGCUGGAGACGUUCUGGGACUUCCUGUCUGAAUCCCUGUCUGUCAGACCGGAGAGCAUUAACAUUUUCAGCAUUGCAGAUAGAGGGGAGAAGACCCUGGACAUCUACUUCUCUGUGCUAACCGAUACCGGCUACAUGCACCCGGAGAAACUGCAUGGCGUCCUCGCUGCACAUAAAAAGAAGCUGCAGUCAAAGCUGCGUGUGACUGUGAAACAGGUGCAGGUGGAUGAGUGUGUCUACGCAGACUGCAAGGCAGCUGGCGGAUGCUCCACACACCUAAGCAUCAGUGAUUUGCCCACCUUGGUAGACUCAGGGAAUUUAUCCUUGGUCUCAGUGAAGGUGACGUCCUCGGCCGUUUGUGGCUGCGCUGCGAGGGAGAUGACACACCAGCCCUGCUCUUCCUAUCCCAGUAACCCCUGCCUCCAUGGGGGAACUUGCAUCGACACCCAGAAUGGCUACAGGUGCCAGUGUCCCCCACAGUUUGAUGGUCCAGACUGUCAACAGACGAGACUUAGUUUCCUUGGCAACGGCUAUGCCUGGUUUCCCCCCAUAAGGCCAUGCUUUGAUAGCCAUCUUUCAGUGGAAUUUAUGACAGAGGAAGAUGACGGGCUGCUGCUGUAUGCCGGCCCAUUGGCCACUCUGCUGCCCGGGGACCCUGAGGACUACAUGGCCAUAGAGCUGAUUGGUGGGACACCCAGCCUGAAAAUUAACCAUGGUUCUGGGACUCUAGUCCUCCAAUUAGCAAACAAUGUCGGGGUGGCUGACAGACGCUGGCAUCGCCUGGAUGUGAGGAGUAAUGGCAAAGAGGUGCGCUUCACUCUCGAUCGAUGUUCCAGUGCGAUCGUCAUGGAGACAGAAGGGGUGGAUUCAUGGGCAAUGACCGAGGACCGCUCAUCUUGUGAAAUCCGAGGGAUCACACCCAAUAGGGACAGGUACCUGAAUGGAAGUCAUGUGCUGCAGCUAGGAGGGGUCAACGAGAACAUAUCCUACGAAUACCCACAGCUACAGCAUAAACACUUUACCGGAUGUAUACAGAACCUUGUUGUGGAGAGCAAGCUCUAUGACCUUGGUUCCCCAGCCGAAUCCUUCAACAGCGUCCCGGGCUGCUCUCUUACGGAUGGCCACUGCACCAACACGGAGCAGCUUCCCUCCUGCGGAAAGAGGGGUCACUGUCGCGGAGAGUGGGGCUCCUUCAGCUGCCAGUGUGAGCCGGGCUACACAGGGCCGCAGUGUGACCAAGUGGCUCCAGCGUUCUCCUUCGAUGGACGGAGCCACGUUCAGUUCCAGCUGCUGUGGUCCCUGCCGGCGCGCCACACACGAGUCCAGGUUGGGGUUCGGACACGUGCCGCCGGUGGCGUCAUCCUCAGCCUGCUCUCCCAGGAACAGAACGAAUUCCUGCGUCUGGAGGUGUUUCAGGGUCUGCUGGCUGUCUUCUACAACCUUGGAGAUGGAGACUACAAUCUCACACUGCCCUUCCAUCACCUCGAUAAUGGUGACUGGCACGAAGUGGAGCUGGAUCGCUACGGCAGAGAGUUCACCCUACGACUGGAUGGAGGUGGUGGACGGCGGGAGGUCACGGCCUCUCCUGGGAGGAGUCAGGAGAUUAUCAUUGACCCCUCUGUUGUGAUGCUCGGCAACUCCUUCCCCUCCGGAUACAACCGUAGUUUCUUAGGCUGUUUGCGGGAUCUGAGACUUAACGGGCACUCCAUGCCUCUGGACAAGCAGCAGCCUUCAGACGGUCUUCAGGUGGUCAGCUCUCAGGGCGUCUCUGUCGGCUGCCCUUCAGAAGCCUGCAGAAAACACCACUGCUCUCCUCCCUUUGUCUGCGUGGAUCUCUGGAGGCAUCACGAGUGCAGAUGCCCUCCAGGCCACAUGACCAAAGAGAGCUCCUCGGGCAAAGUGUGUGUGUACACGCUGUGCGCCAGCCGGCCAUGCCGCCACGGCACCUGCGUGGCCCACUCUCCCUCCCGUUACUCCUGCCGCUGCAGCGAGGGCUACCGGGGACGGCACUGCGAGGUGACGCUGGCCAUGUUUCAUAACGAGGACAGCAACACUCUCAGCCUCAGCUCCAUGUUCGCCAUCAGCAUCUGUGUCAUGGCUUUCUUAGUAUUGAUGCUGGGCCUGUUUCUCUACUCCUGCUGGAGGAGGCACAAGGGUCUGAAGGAGGGUGUGUACCACGUGUCUGCGCACCACGGAGAGUGGGAGGACAUACGGGAAAAUGUGCUCAACUACGAUGAGGAAGGUGGAGGGGAGCAGGAUCAGAAUGCCUUUAAUAUGGUGGAGCUGCAGCGCUCUCUCCAGCCCAGCCCGGCGCAGUCACUCCGGUACAGCUAUCCACAAUGCAUCAUCUCCUAUCCCCAGACAAAGCCGCCGCAGGACAACAACAGGAAGGCGAUGCCUAACGGGAACGGCAACGCAGCCAUUGCCCUGCGUCUGGCCAUCCCCCCAUCAGAAACAGAGACCCUGCCUUCCCCUCUGACCUUCCGCCGUGCUCAGAAAAGCCUGUCCUUCUCCAGCCAGGAUCUGGCCCGCUACCUGUGUGAGGUCAUCAGGGACAUGGAGCACCCAGGGGAGCUCGGUACCAUGACAACACCACGCUGUCCCUCCGGAAAGGAACGCAGCCUGGCGGCGGUGCGCUCCCUCAGCUCUCUCAAUGCAACUCAGGGUUCAGAAGUGAGGCUUGAGGGGGCCCAGAGCCCCCGACUGGACAGGUUCAAAACCCUCCGAGCUGUGGUUAGCGAGCUGCGAGGAGACUCUGCUGCUCGCUCCAAGACCCCAGAAGGCCAGAGGGACAAACUGAAGGAGAGCAGAGGGCAGCUGAACUGUGAGAAGAGUGGGUAAGACCGCACUUGGAGAAACAGAACUGAAGGUUGUGAAAAAGCAACCCUAAUCAGAGGGCGGCUGGGGAACUCCAAAGGGAGAUAAUUAAAUGUGAGAUACUCUGAGACUGGGAGGUUGCCCAGGGUCUAUGUGAAGUCUGCUCUAAAUGUACUGUAUUGAUGAAACUUUGAACAUUUCAGUUCUUUGAUAUAAAAGAUGUUUACCAAUGAAUGAUCAGAUGUGAUGUAUUGUUUACUUGGCUUUGCAGUGUACAGUAUAUAUUCCACAGAAAGCACUUUUGGAAGAGAGCCCUGUGUCAAAACUAUUCAUGUCAUUAAACUCACAAGAGAAAUGUCUGCUAGAAAGAAGGCAAAGGAACUUCCUUUGAGAGAGCUGCGUUCUUUUUGAUGUUAAUGACUAUCAUGAAACAGUUUGUGUGAACAAAUGAUUUUGUUUCGUUUGUAUUUUAUCUAUUUCCUUUUAAAUAAAUGAAUAUCUUUGGUAAUAUUUUGAGCUUGAUCUUGUUGAAACACAUCUGAAUUCACGUUUGUGAUCUGCGAAAUCUCCCAUCUUUGAAGUUCAAACCAACUUUCAUCGUCAAAUGCAAA